AUGGCAGCCCCGGUGCUGCUGCUGGCCCUCGCCAGGCUGGUGUCAUCCACGUGGCACGAAGGCUCUGGCUACUACCUGGAGAGCCACACCAACGAGGUGUACGCGGAGGAGCCCCCGCCUGAGCCCGCCCCGGAUUACCGCCGAGUGCCCCAGUGGUGCGCCACGCUCAGCAUCCACCGCGGAGAGGCCGCCUGCUACUCCCCGCGGGGCAGCUCGUACCGCAGCAGCCUGGGCACCCGCUGCGAGCUGAGCUGCGCCCGCGGCUACCGCCUGGUGGGUCCGAGCGCCGUGCAGUGCCUGCCCAGCCGCCACUGGUCGGGGAUGGCCUACUGCCGACAAAUCCGGUGCCACGUGCUGCCCGCCGUGCUGCGGGGCUCCUACGUGUGCUCGGCAGGCGUGCAGAUGGAUUCCCGCUGCGACUACACCUGCCAGCCCGGCUACCAGCUGGAGGGCGACCGGAGCCGCGUCUGCAUGGAGGAUGGGCGCUGGAGCGGCAGCGAGCCAGUCUGUGUAGACCUGGAGCCUCCCAAGAUCCGCUGCCCAGACUCCCGGGAGCGCAUCGCAGAGCCGGGCAAGCUGACGGCCACCGUGUACUGGGACCCGCCCCGGGUCAGGGACUCUGCUGACGGUGUCAUCAAGAGGGUGACGCUGCGGGGCCCGGAGCCCGGCUCGGAGUUCCCCGCAGGAGAGCAUGUGAUCCGCUACACCGCCCACGACCAGGCUUACAACCGCGCCAGCUGCAAGUUCAGCAUCCGCGUCCACGUGAGGCGCUGCCCUGUCCUCAAGCCCCCGCAGAACGGGUACAUCUCCUGCACCUCCGACGGCAACAACUACGGCGCCACCUGCGAGUACCUGUGCGACGGGGGCUUCGAGCGGCAGGGCACCUCCCUGCGGGUGUGCCAGUCCAGCCAGCAGUGGACGGGCUCCCAGCCCCUCUGUGCCCCCAUGCAGAUCAACACGGACGUGAGCUCGGCCGCCAGCCUGCUGGAUCAGUUCCACGAGAAGCGCCGCCUCUUGGUCAUCUCGGCCCCCGACCCCUCGAACCGCUACUACAAGAUGCAGAUGUCCAUGCUGCAGCAAGCUGCCUGCGGGCUGGACCUGCGGCACGUCACCACCGUGGAGCUGCUGGGACAGCCCCCGCACGAGGUGGGGCGCAUCCGGGAGCACCGGCUGGCCCUGGGCAUCAUCGAGGAGCUCAGGCGCUACCUGCACCUCACACGCUCGCACUUCAACGCCGUGCUGCUGGACAAGGCGGGCACGGACCGCGAGCGCUACAUCGCCCCGGUGAGCCCCGACGAGCUGUUCGUGUUCAUCGACACGUACCUGCUGAGCCCGCGGGAGGCGGCGCGGCGGGCACAGAGCGGGGACCCCUGCGAGUGA